CGGGGGCACCCCUCCUGGCCGAAGGCCCCUUGCGGGCCUCCCGUCGCCCGUGGCAACAGGCGAAGCCGCCGCGGCGGUGGGGCCUGGCGCGAAGUCCGGGUCCAGGGUCCAAGGCCCGGGCAGCGCUUUGGCCCGGCUGCGGGUCCCGGGGCCGCCCCGUCCCCUGGCGCCAUGGCCGCUGAGGUGGUGGUUGUGGGAUCCUGUAUGACCGACCUGGUCAGCCUUACUACACGAUUGCCAAGAGCUGGAGAAACUAUCCUUGGACAUAAGUUUUUCAUUGGUUUUGGUGGGAAAGGAGCCAACCAGUGUGUCCAGUCUGCUCGACUUGGGGCCAAGACCUCACUGAUCUGCAAGGUUGGGAAGGAUUCAUUUGGCAAUGAUUAUGUUGAGAAUUUGAAGAAGAAUGGUAUUUCUACAGCAUUUGUAGGUCAGACUACAGAUGCUGCUACUGGAACGGCUUCAAUAAUUGUCAACAGUGAAGGACAGAAUGUUAUUGUCAUAGUCCCAGGAGCCAACCUGCUUUUAAAUUUUGAAGACCUGAAGAGGGCUUCUGAUGUCAUCUGUAAAGCCAAAGUGGUUGUUUGCCAGCUAGAAAUAACCCCUGCUGUUUCUCUGGAAGCUCUGAAAAUGGCACGUGCCAGUGGAGUAAAGACUUUAUUUAAUCCAGCUCCAGCCCUUGCUGACCUAGAUCCACAAUUUUAUACCUACUCUGACAUCUUCUGCUGCAAUGAAACUGAGGCAGAAAUUUUAACGGGCAUCCCAGUUGGCAACCUUGAAGAUGCUGAAAAGGUGGGGCGCACGCUGUUAGAAAGAGGGUGUAAGCUCGUAAUUGUUACUCUUGGAGCAGAAGGCUGCAUGAUGAUAUCAGUAGAAGAACCCAUUCCAAAGCACGUUCCUGCUGGGAAGGUCAGGGCUGUGGACACUACGGGAGCUGGAGACAGUUUUGUGGGAGCACUGGCCUUCUACCUGGCUUACCAUCCCGAGUUACCCAUGGAGGAAAUGAUCAGGAAGUCUAACUGCGUGGCAUCAGUGAGCGUCCAGGCAUCGGGGACACAAUCUUCAUAUCCUUACAGGAAGGACUUGCCUCAGGACCUUUUCUAAUUGACAUUGUCUAGCUCCAUGUACUGAUUUUAUCUUGUCCCAGACAGCAUUAUUCUCCUGGCUGCACCGAGGUUCUCCUCUGCUGACUGGAAAGACCAGGAAAGUCUUUUCGCUGCUUAUUUGAGGAAUCCUGUCAGUUCCUGUUCUACAACACGAAGAUGGGGUGGGGGUGGUGGGUCUUUCAAACACAGCACAGCAGGUUUCUCUGGCCCCACACACAGCCGUCCCACACAAUGCUCUGUACUGAACCACACCAAGUUUACAGCAAAACCUCCGGAGGGUAUUGGGCUCCUGGUAAUAUUUCCACUCAAUUUUAAUCAGAAGUUCCCAUGUGCCGAGCCCGCACGUGAAGCUGAGCGUUAGUUUGAGGCUGCAGCCACCAGGGCCCGUGGCUGGCUCAUAACAAAGCACCCUCCCCACAGCCCCUCUGUUCUCUGUACCUCUGCCAGACCAUGGGAGGUCCCUCAAACUGGAACGAGGACAAGUGCUCCUGAGGUAGACUCUGGAAGAUGUUUCUAGCCAUAGAUGAGCUAAUUAAAGAAGGAAAACUUCCAGACACGUCAGAAAACUACUCUGGCCAUGUACCUUCUUCGUGCUUGACAAAAAUUCAGGAGUGAAAAACCCAUCCUACUUACCUGGCUGAAAAGAAUAUAAACCUUUUAGCCGUGGUCACAGCUUGUCCAAAAACUCAUCGUAUUUCACCCGGUUCCCAUUGCUUCUGCCUUUCCUAGGAAGGAGCUGGUGCAACACAACCACAACCCCUCCAAGGAGUGACACCAAUUGGUGGUUACUACUGUUGAAUCUGUGGCUGGUAGGUUAGAAAAACUUGCAAUCCUGCCAUUGAAUUCCUGCUGUGGAAAAUGUUAAUUUUUAUUGCCUUAUAAAACAAUAGUUCCUUUGAAGAUUACAGCCUCUUUCACAAUGGAAAACACAGACAAUGGGAUUUGCUAUUUAAUUUUUUUUUAAUUGAGUACUGUAAAAAUAACUCAAAAGAUAAAUAAAUGUUACUGUGAUGAUCUAUGUCCAGACAUUAA